CACAGUGACCACAGAGGCUGUAAAACUGGGCAAUGUGUCCAGCUCUAACAUCACGGCUAACUCUGUCCGACUCUCCUGGACCGUGGACAAGGCCCGCUUUGACUCCUUUUUAAUCCAGUACAGAGUCCAGGGCUCUGAGGAGACCCAGAACAUCACAGUCACGGGCGGACAACGAUACCACCUCAUCGUAGGCCUCAAGCCUACUACCAGAUACACCGUCAAUCUCUACGGGAUUUCUGAUGGCAUAAGAACAGAGCCCUUAUCCACUACUGUGACCACCACAGUGGAGGUACAGCCACAGCGAGGCGAAGUGAGGGACCUCACGGUAUCGAACAUCACGGCCCAAUCCUUCCGGCUGUCAUGGGUUACCGAGAGGGAAUAUGAAUCCUUCUUCAUCGAGUACAGAGCUGGGGAGGAACGCAAAGUGCGCAAGUUCACAGUUCCCGGUGACCAUCGAUCGACUGUCAUCGCAGGCCUCAGGCCUACCACCAAGUACACCCUCUAUCUCUCCGGGGUUUCGGCUGGUCAGCGCACUUCACCGCUCACCGUGACCGCCACCACCACAGCCUCUGGGAGAAAGCCGAGUGACAAGAUGAAGCCAGGUCAGUUAUCGGCUGUGAAUGUCACAUCAGACUCUGUACAGCUGUCCUGGCCUCCUCAGAAAGGCGUUGACUUUUAUAUCCUCCAGUACAGAGUGCAGUCUUCUGCAGCGGUGCAGAACGUCACGCUAACUGGUGGCCGUCGUUCCUUCAUCAUCACAGGCCUCACUCCUGCCACUAAAUACCUCUUCUCCCUGUAUAGUGUCUCCGGAGGCCGGUACAAAAAGCCGCUGCUCCUUCCAUUAACCACAAAAGCUUCUCCAGGGAGGGACAGACCCAAAAAGCAGAAAGAGAUUAAACUGGGCACUCUGUCGGUUUCUGAAGUCACGGCCAACUCUGCUGCGUUCUCCUGGACUGCGAAGAAGGGAUUCGAUGCCUUUCUAAUACAGUACAGAGUGCACGGCUCCGGGGCUGUGAGGAACUUCACCGUCACCAGUGGCAACCGCUCAGCAACUAUCACAGGCCUGAGGCCUAGCACCAAGUACACUCUCUAUGUCCAUGGGGUUUCCAAUGGAAAACAUACAAAGCCACUGAGCAGAGUUAUUACCACAAAAGCUUCCAAAGAUAAAGAGGCUGUAAAACUGGGUAAUGUGUCCAGCUCUAACAUCACGGCUAACUCCCUCCGACUCUCCUGGACCGUGGACAAGGCCCGCUUUGACUCCUUUUUAAUCCAGUACAGAGUCCAGGGUUCUGAGGAGACCCAGAACAUCACAGUCACGGGUGGACAACGCUCCCACCUCAUCGUAGGCCUCAAGCCUACUACCAGAUACACCGUCUAUCUCUACGGGAUUUCUGAUGGCGUAAGGACAGAGCCCUUAACCACUACUGUGACCACCACAGCUGCUGCAGAGGGAGAAACUACAUCACCAGCUCAACUGGGCAAUGUGUCCAGCUCUAACAUCACGGCUAACUCUCUCCGACUUUCCUGGACCGUGGACAGGGCCCACUUUGACUCCUUUUUAAUCCAGUACAGAGUCCAGGGCUCUGAGGAGACCCAGAACAUCAGAGUCACAGGCGGACAACGAUCCCACCUCAUCGUAGGCCUCAAGCCUACUACCAGAUACACCAUCUAUCUCUAUGGGGUCUUCAAUGGCAAGCGUAGCAAACCCUUGACUGCUGCUGUGACCACCACAGCUCAAGAGAGUCCGAGCAGACUGAGUUUCUCCGACCUCACAGACAGCUCAGUCACUGUCCACUGGGCAGCACCGUCAGCCCCUGUCGAUAACUUCAAGAUCUCCUACGUCCCGAGAAAACGAGGUGAAUCGAGGAGCGUGGUGAUCGAUGGCACAAAGACUCGCGUCACUCUGAGGGACCUGCUCCCAGAUACUCCGUAUGAGGUCACCCUGGUGGCCAUGCGAGGGCCCGCUGAGAGUCCGUCCAUCCUGGACCGCUUCACUACCGCCCCAGAUGCUCCGACUGAUCUGAAAGCUGUUAAUGUGACCGAAGUGAUGGCCCUCUUGGUUUGGAGACCCGCGAUCGCUCCCAUCGACCACUACACUAUCACCUACGGCAGCAAAGCUGGUCCCUCUGUCAGCCAGGACGUCCCCGGUAACUCAGCUGAACUGCAGCUGACUGAUCUCAAUGUGAACACUGAGUACACAGCGGAUAUCUACAGUGUCAGCGGAGACAGGAACAGUUCGAGAAUCUCUACCAGUUUUGUCACUGGUUCCGAUCUGCCGAAGGACCUGACGGUGAGUGACAUCUCAUCGAAUGAAGGCCUGGUCUCCUGGAAGAGCCCAAGAGCCCCGGUGACUGGAUAUCUGCUGCUGUAUGGGGCUGGAGAGGACCUAACUCAGCAAGUCCAACUGGAUGGCACAGAGGUAAAGCACAGACUGCGCCAGCUGCUGCCCAGCACCAGCUACACCAUCAAGCUGCACGCCUUGCGGGACGGUGAGAGGGCGGCCGCUGUGACCACACGCUUCAACACAGCGGUUAUAGAACAGCAACCACACUAUAAAUGUCAUGUUAACAGAGAUAUCUUUAGGAUAUCAGUUAUAAACCAUGCUGAUCCACCAAUUCUUGUUCUUUGCGGGGGAAUGUCCUACUUUGGCGAUCGAGGGAUGUGA